CUCCCCAGCAGCAGGAACCGAAGUCCCGGCCGCGACCGCCUCCAGGUCGCCGCCGCCGCGGCCGCCGCCGCCGCCGCCGCUCCGUCGCCGCCGCCCGCGCGCGGGCUGGGCCGACGCCGGUAGCCAUGGAAGACUUCAUCGUGAUUUCGGACGACAGCGGUUCGGAGAGCUCCGGCAGUGCCCGCUCGGGCCGGGCGCGGAGGCUCCGCCGGGCCCUGUCCCGGACCCCCGGCGCGCUGCCCCGCCGGACGGUGGACUUCAUUGACUUAACAAGAGAACCCAGACCAAGGGCCAAGGACCGCAAUGGACACUGUGUGAUUGACCUGACCACAAGUGAGGAAGAAAGUAGACCUAUUGCCACCCUCGAUUUGACUUCGGACCCUGUUGCUCCCUCCCAGAAGGAGCCAGCCAGCCUGCAGACAUGUGCCAGCUUCUCGAACAAAGAGCUUGAAAGUCAGGUGGACGGAAGCUCGCGGCCUCCCGCAGGGAGCAUCGUGGAUAGCAACCCCUCACACCUGCACGCGGAGCAGAGCGCCUGUGAAGGAGUGGCCAGUCGGGACUCUGCCUUCCCCGUGCAGCCGAAUGGCGGCUCAGCCACGUGCCGAGGUGAUCUCAGCUUCCUGGCCAGCCUCCAGCUGUCUUCGUUCUCCCCCAUAAGCAAUAAUAGUAACAGUAGCAAUGAGAGGGCACCCUUGCCAUGCCCACAGCAAGAUGUGCCUUGUCCACUGCAAGCCUUGCCGUGCCCCCUUCGAGCCUCCCCGUGUCCGCCACGAGCCUGUGCCUAUCCUCCCCGACCCUCCUCAUGUCCCCCUCGAGCCUUGUCAUGCCCGUCGGAGACUGUGCCGUGCCAACCUCAAGUUUUGUCUCAGCCCCUUCAAGGAGUGCCACGUGCUCUGCAGAAUGUGCACUGCGCCCCGCAGAACGUGCCCUGCACCCCACAGAAUGUGCCCUGUGCCCCGCAGAAUGUGCCCUGCGCCCCGCAGAAUGUGCCCUGUGCCCCGCAGAAUGUGCCCUGCGCCCCGCAGAAUGUGCCCUGCGCCCCGCAGAAUGUGCCCUGCGCCCCACAGAAUGUGCCAUGCCCUCAGAACGUGCCCUGCGCCCUGCAGAAUGUGCCAUGCUCUUCUCAGAAUGCGUCCUGCUCUUCUCAGAAUGUGCCAGGUGCCCUGCAGAAUGUGCCCUGCGCUCCUCAGAACAUGCUGUGCGCUCCUCAGAAUGUGCCCUGCGCUCUGCAGAACAUACCGUGUGUUCCACAGCUUGUGCCCUGUGCCCUGCAGAAUGUGCCAGGUGCCACAAAGAAUGUGCCAUGCUCUCCUCAGAACGUGCCCUGUGCUUUGCAGAAUGUGCCCUGCUCUCCUCAGAACGUGCCCUGUGCUUUGCAGAAUGUGCCAUGCUCUCCUCAGAACGUGCCCUGUGCUUUGCAGAACGUGCCAUGCUCUCCUCAGAACGUGCCCUGUGCCCCACGGAAUGUGCCACCCUCCCCACAGAGAGUGCUAUGUGCCCCACAGCAAGUGCCCUGUGCCCCACAGAACAUGCCAUCCUCUCCUCAGAAUGUGCCCUGUGCUCCUCAGAUCCUUUCUCACCCACCUCAAGAUUUUUCAUGGCAUCCUCAGCAUCCACCAAGCGCACCACAGGACUGUCUGGGUCUGCCUCCACAUCUGCCAGGCCCGCCUCAAAACCCACACACGCCGCCCAUGCCACACACACUGGGAGAUCUAUCCCAGCUACCAGGAGCCGUACCACAGCCACAAGCCACUGUACCGCAGCAGUCAGAUGACAUGUCAUUGGGACCUGCGCCAUCCGUGGCAGGACACCUGUCCCAUCCAGCACAAGACCAGCCUCCUUCCGACCAGAAUGACAUCCUGAGCCGGGACACUCCUAUGGACAUCUCAGCCCCCUCCUCUCCCAGCUGCUUCCCCAUGCCUGCAUCUCCACAGCCAGAAGCUCCGUCAGUGAAAGUUCCCUGGCUUCCGGUCACACCAAUCCCACCUAAGAAAGACCCAAGUCCACCAGAGUCUGCCAGCGCUAAGUCUGCGCAGGUGCAAGCACGAGUCCCACAAGGCGGGGUGUUCAACAGGCCCUGCCUGCACAGGCUCAAGUACUUCCUGCGCCCUCCCGUCCAUCACCUCUUCUUCCAGACACUAAUACCCGACAAAGACACCCGGGAGAGCAAGGGUCAAAAAUUAGAACCCAUCCCUAAUCGAAGACUAAGAAUGGUGGCCAACACGAUUGAAGAGAACUUUCCACUGGGGACCGUGCAGUUUCUGAUGGACUUUGUGUCGCCCCAACACUACCCACCCAGAGAUAUCGUGGCUCACAUCAUCCAGAAGAUACUGCUCAGUGGCUCCGAAACCGUGGAUGUCCUCAAGGAGGCCUACAUGCUGCUCAUGAAAAUCCAGCAGUUGCAUCCCGCCAAUGCCAAGGCUGUGGAGUGGGAUUGGAAACUGCUCACCUAUGUCAUGGAGGAAGAGGGUCAGACUCUGCCCGGGAGAGUCUUGUUUCUGCGUUACGUAGUGCAGACCCUGGAAGAUGACUUCCAGCAGACGCUGAGGAGGCAGCGGCAUCACCUGCAGCAGUCUAUCGCCAACACUGUACUCUCCUGUGACAAGCAGCCCCACAAUGUCAGAGAUGUCAUCAAGUGGCUGGUCAAGGCUGUCACAGAGGAUGGCCUCACCCCGCCCACUCAGGGGAAUCAGACCUCUUCCGGGAGUGGAAUCUCCAAGGCCAGCAGUGACCACCCUUCUCCCCAGCUGAACCUGAACAAGAACACCAACCAGCUGAUCGUGUGCCAGCUUCAGCGGAUGCUGUCCAUCGCUGUGGAGGUUGACAGGACUCCCACCUGCAGCUCCAACAAGAUUGCCGAGAUGAUGUUUGGCUUUGUGCUGGACAUUCCCAAGAGGAGUCAGAGGGAGAUGUUCUUCAGCACCAUGGAAAGCCACCUUCUGCGCUGCAAAGUGUUGGAAAUCAUCUUCCUACAUGGCUGUCAGACGCCCACCCGCCUCCCCCUGUCCCUGGCCCAGGCUCUCUACUUCCUGAACAACUCCACAUCUCUCCUCAAGUGCCAGCAAUCAGAAAAAAGCCAGUGGCAGAUUUGGGACGAGCUGGUUGAACACCUGCAGUUUCUCUUAUCCAGUUACCAACAUGUCUUAAGAGAGCACCUCCGGAGCUCAGUGAUCGACCGCAAGGACUUAAUCAUCAAGAGGAUCAAACCCAAGCCCCAGCAAGGAGAUGACAUCACCGUGGUGGACGUGGAGAAGCAGAUUGAGGCCUUCCGCGGCCGCCUGGUCCAAAUGCUCGGGGAGCCCCUGGUCCCCCAGCUCCAAAACAAAGUGCACUUGUUGAAGCUGCUGCUCUUCUAUGCCGCGGACUUGAACCCCGACACAGACCCAGGCCCAAAGCACUGGAGCCACCCUUGAGGGCCUCGCAAACAACCGUGCACCAAGAAUACCUCCAAACUCUUCCUCCAAGCACUUAGCCGCUCCCAAGUAUGCACAGUAGUUCCAAACCUAGGACCAAACUUACACUGUGUACCUAUAGCUUAGACGUAACUGGCCAUUCCCCAUGUAUAUGUUUUUGAUAAUCCCACUCUAAUCUAUUCUCAAAGGUAUAUUAAAUAUACAAAGUGUGUCUAUUUUUUAAUAAAUUAUUUAUCUACACUCUUUUUGAAAUAGGUAAUACUAUAUGCACUAUACGUUUGGACAUUUCCAUUCAAAAUGUGAGGAGAGGCUGUGUGCUGGGGAAACUACGUCAACGCCAUGAGUCAUAAGGACGCCCCCUUCUGCAAGGACACCGCCUGUCCCUCAAGGGACCCACUCCUGCCCUCAGACCUUUGUAUGGCUCCAGUGUGACUCUGUGCCCCAUUUAUUGAGCUCUCAUGUAACCAGAUGAGGUGGAUGGGAAAAAAAAGUGUGAUAUAAAAACAUCUGUCAAAAAGAUACAAUAAAGACAAUAGUUUUUAGAA